AGGUAUAAAAUGGGCCACAUCGCCGGGUGUUCAUCAGUUCUCUCCGAAUCGUCGAGUGAGCAACAUGAACGGAGUGAAGACGCUGUGUAUUUUGGGUCUGGUUCUCCUGAGCUUGGCUGCAAACCAAGUAGCCGACGGACAGGUAGUAGGAGGUGUCAGCCAGUUGGAGGGAUCCGAAAGGAAAGAGGCACUCGAUCUGCUGGACGGCACCCUCGCCAAGUUGGCCACCGGAGAUGGUCCCAGCUACAAGGCAAUUAAUGUGACCUCUGUGACGGGUCAGGUCGUAGCUGGAACACUCAACACCUACGAGGUCCAGCUGGAUAAUGGAUCCGACAAAAAACAGUGCACGGUGAAGAUCUGGACGCGGCCCUGGCUAAAGGAGAACGGCACCAACAUCAAGAUCAAGUGCGCUGGUGACGAUGGCGAACUGGACCGCACCUGGUAAAAGUGUGUAUGAAACAGUAGCACUUUUCUGGGGCCUGUGAAUGGUUAAAUAAAAAGCCAAGAUACACGUGAAUUAAAAAUCUAAUUUUGUAUUACUUUGGGUCUUUAAAAUAGCUUAGAAUAAUAGUGUACGUUACAUCAUUAAACUAUUCACAUUGCAAA